AUGGCGCCAUUUUUACCUUCAGAUUGCUACAACAAAAUAUUUGAAAAUCUUGAACAAGACCGCAAUACUCUACAUUCUUGUAUACUAGUAAAUCGACAGUGGUGUCAAAGUGCAAUACCUGUGCUCUGGAGUCAACCGUUUCGACUAUUAUGCAUAUGUCGAGAUCCGGCCGAAUAUUCACCAGAGUCAUGGCGGAAAAGAGCUGGGCUUUUAAUGGAAACCUAUUUUCUAUCGCUAAAUGACGAAGAGAAACGAGCACUUAGACGAAAGCGUGUGUAUUUAUCGAAGGAAAUUACAGCAUCGCCGGAAGCAAAACCAUGUCCCAUAUUUAAUUAUCCGCACUUUCUGAGGCAGGUGGAUUUUGGGGAAGCAUUUGCGGCGUUAUCGGGAUGGUUAGAGUACACGCAAGCAAAUAAGAUGGCAGAGGCGCAAGCUCACGCUUCAUCUUCAUUCAAGAGGAUGAAUCGCAUCGCGGUUGUGAAUUUUUUGGUGUGUCGAUAUCGUGAAUUUCGAGUUUGGCGAGAACGUAAAAUGCAUGCAGAAUUAACGGCGGCUAAAGUUCUUGCGAAAGUUUUGAUGAGACGUUGCUUGACUAUAAAAGAAUUCUCUAUUAAUACAAUUCAUCAUUCACCGGUUCCUGACGCAUUAUUGUUGAUGCCAAUAUACCCGGGAGCAGAUGAGUGUUUAUCGAAUUUAGUGGAAUUAAGAUGCACCACAAAAUCAGUAAAAUCAAAGUUCUUUCAAGAAAUAUCGAAGGUAGCACGUAAUCUGCGAAACAUCACCGUGUGGAUGUCUUAUCCGCGAGUGGAUCCUGAAUUUCCAACGCUCGAUCGUCGAAAAAAAUCCAAGAAUGAACAAACAAUUAUCAAUGAAGUUGAAGCACUCGUACGUGUGAUUGAAGCGCAAAAAAAUCUUCGAUCGUUCGAACUGGGAUAUUGUCCUUGGGGCCUUGAUCUAAUAAUUAACUCGUUGAAGUCACAGUCACAUUCGUUGCGGCGACUAAGUUUUACUGGAGUGAAUUUUUUAUAUGCUAGUCCGUUAGCUGGUUUGGCGACUUGCACAAACUUGGAGAAAUUGAAAUUCAAUUCUUGUUUGAAUUUGACUGAUACUAUUAUGCAACCGUUGGCAAAUGUAAAAUUUCCAUUUUUGAGAAAGAUUAAUAUGAAUUCACCAGCCCCGGCAAAUAUUUUAACUGCAAUUAUACGAAAUUCUAAUACAAGUAUUAAAAAAUUGACGUUAGGUGAAAUAACGCAAAACGAAGGUGAAGCACCAAACGUAAUAGAAACUAUUGCACAGCAUUGUUCGAAUAUUGUAAAAUGUAGUGUUCGACCAACGAAAAACGAAAUGCCUCAAUUCGUAUCGCUCGUUCAUCUAUGUAAAAAUCUUGAGACAUUAAUUAUAACCGGCACAAGAUGGCCUGAUAUAGAUGUAAAUUCUGUUUUACGAGAUAUGUCAAAGCAUGAGCUGCCAAGAUUACGACAUCUCGGGAUCCAAGCAGCAUUAACAUUCACCCCCAAAUCACUGGAGAGUUUUCUCAAAGGUAUAAGCGCACCCAUUGUCACUUUGGAGUUCUAUCAAUCACAAUGUUUUUGUGAUCUUCAUCUUGAUGUGGUCUUACGCUGUCUUGAGUCUACAUUGAGAAAUCUUCGAGUGCAGACGUAUCGAACUCUUCCGUAUCGAUCAAUUGACAAAGCUCGACAGCGAAUAGCUUCCGUUCAUGUUUAUCCGAUGUGA